AGUCUCUUCAGCGUCACUUUGGACCUGGGCUUGACUGAGUGCACACCCUGCACGACCUGUGAGCGAGAUGACGACGACCAGCUUCCUCCCCCGCUCCGCGGCAGCGCCGCCGCUGGACGACGACGACCUGCUCUCCGAGAUCCUCCUCCGCCUCCCCCCGCAGCCGUCCUCCCUCCCGCGCGCCUCCCUCGUCUGCAGGCGCUGGCGCAGCCUCCUCUCCGACCCCGCCUUCCGCCGCCGCUUCCGCAUCCACCACCGCCGCAGCCCUCCGCUCCUCGGCUUCAUCGACGCGAACCAGGGCAUCACCUUCCAGCCAGCCCUGGACGCCCCCGACCGCCUCCCCCGCGGCCACUUCUCCCUCAACCUCGACGACCGCUACAUGACCCUCGGAUGGCGCCACGGCCUCGCGCUCUUCUUCCUCCCGAUCCCGCUCCAGGUCGUCGUGUGGGACCCCGUCGCCGGCGUCCAGCACCGCCUGGCUGUACCCCCGGGGUUCGGGUUCCACCCGUUGGAGAACCCGAUCAACGGGACGGUGCUCCCCGCCGCCGGAGACAUCGACCACUUCCAGGUGGUCUUGGUAAGCAGCGACGGGAAGCAACCUAGAAGGGCGCUCGCCCGCGUUUACUCGUCGGAGACCGGCGUAUGGGGUGAUUCCAUCUCGUGCCCGGUUCCAUUGGUGUCUAUGGUUCAUAUAGGCGAGCCCGCUGUACUGGCGGGGAAUUGCAUUUAUUGGUUGGUUUCAGCAUCGAAUAUCCUCGAGUUUGAUUUGGAGAGGCAGACCCUAGCUGUGACAUUGUUGCCAGCGCAGGUGCUCACCAGCCGCAAUCGCCAUGUCUCGGUUAUUCGGGUGGAGGGUGGUGAGAUGGGUCUCCUCGUCGUGUCAGGCUUCAUCGCCCAAUUAUGGAAGAGGGAAACAGACUCGCAUGGCGAUGUUUCUUGGAGCAUUGGAAGAACUAUUGAACUGGACAAGUUACUUCCCCGAAAUUCAGAGAAAGAGCCACCAAAUAUGAUAGGUUAUGCGGAGGAAAAUAAUGUGGCGUUCUUCUGGACAGUUGGUGGUGUCUUCAUGGUCCACCUUGAGUCAUUGCAGCUCAAGAAACUUCCUGUCACCGGCAUCGCUUAUCGUUACUAUCCAUUCGAAAUUGUCUAUACUCCAGGCAUUGGUGGUGGACACGAGGGAGUGGAAGUUGUGAGGCAUUUGUGGUGGACACGGUGGAGACAAUACAUAAGACAAUUAUUCAGUUAGAUAUGAUAUUGUGAUGUACUGGUCGAGCAGGCAUUGGUGGUGGACACGAGGGAGCAGAGGUUGUGAGGCAUUUGUGGUGGACACGGUGGAGACGAUACAUAAGACAAUUAUUCAGUUAGAUAUGAUAUUGUGAUGUACUGGUUGAGCAGGCAAGCUUAUCUUCCGCAUGCAAGUUGAGGUCAGCGGCAUGAGGCUUGGUGCGUGUUAUAGCCACUUUGUACUUGUUAAAAGCUCAUUUGUAUGUGUAUAUUACCGCUUUGCUGGUAUUAGUAUAUAAGUAUUGUUGUACCUAUGAAAGUGAUAGGUGUAUUACACAAACAUGUGUGUUCUUAUGCCAGUGCUCGUCAUAUUUUUUUCUUAUAUAUAUAUCAGUAUAUAUAAGGCUUGGUUGAA